AACAGAAGCUGCGGUAGUCAACGAGGAGAAUUUUAUGCAGUCGGCGUUGGUUCAGAAUUUUAUUUAUUUUAUUUUUUUUAAUGUACUCGCAGCUUCUGCUUUUGUCAGGGAACAAAUUAAGAAAGAAAACACACUUUGUUUUGUUCGUGGUGCUCGCUGACACCCAGGUCUCCACUUAAACAUUUGAGCAAAACUAACUCCUUUUUGUGCCAGAGGUAUAAAAGAAAAAAAAAUCCUGGUGGUUACCUGCAAUAUCUGCCACCAUUAUAUGCUCAUCUAGCCAUUUCACGAACACAUGAGCCCUGUGUAUAAGAAAACUUUCAUCUCGGAACAUUAAAGAGGCGCUGCAAAUCUUCAAAAAGACUGGACUGGGGUUGCUGUAGCAGGUUCGCAGUUUCUAAGCAGAAAAUGCACAAAAUACCAUCUACAGUUGAAGAAUUCCUGGAAUUACAACAUUUGAAAGAUUGGCCAGAAAAUCCUAUAGAAUCAAAUAAAGGAGAAGACCUUUUAAGCACCAUCUAUACAUUAGAUUCUCUAAAUGAAGAUUUUCUUAAAAAUGCGCCUCUGGAAACCAAAACCUUUGAAGAUUUGGAGGCCAGGGUUGCUGAGCAAGCGUUUCUUUUGGAAAAAUAUGUCUGCAAAAUCUUGCCGAGUUCAGAAGAUGAUCUGCACCCACUAGCUGAAACAUUUCUUACUGAAAUUGAUAUUCCAGGCGUUUGUGAAACAAAGACCAAAAAAGGCGAAACACAGGUGCUGAAAGGUAUUAGUGAUAAAGAAAAGGAAAGAAAUGUUGAGAACUGUGUAUUAACUAUUUUCAAAAGCAAUGAAUGCAUCAAACUUCCAGGAUGUGUGGAGGCUGCACAGAUACUAAAUCUUGUUACGAAAGCACAAAAUAUAAAAGGUGACAACUUAAAAGCGAUGAAAAAGUUUUUUCUUUCAGAAGCUUCAGUAGCUGUUCUUCAAGAUUCUUUCUGGUGGUUUUUAUGUCAACAAUUUAAGCCUGACCAUGUAGAUCAAAACUAUCUUUUCGACAGAAUUUCAGCCAGUUUCACUAAUCUUUUCUGGAGUGUUCCCCACAAUGUUAAAGACUUUUUUUUCAAGAUAUAUCCAGACUGCCUCUCACAAGCCAUAUUUGCAGUGUUUUAUGAAGCAUUUCCAGAAUCUCGUGUACUUUUUAAUGACAAGUUUAAAAGUGAAGUAAUGGACUUAAUUUUCCAAUGGGUGUCUGGAGUAAAGCCUGCACCUUGUUCUUGGGCACAUUGGGAUCUAAGCUUGCUGGAGAGGACAAAUCUGAAUGUUGAUAAAAUACAUAAUAAUUUAACAAAGAAUGAUGAAACACAUAAAAGUCUUCAAAAAAAUGGAGAAUGGCAAUUGAACUUUAAUUUGGAUGACCUGAUUCAAAAGGCUAGAGAGACCUACCAUUCAUCAGUGCAUGAAGUUAAAGAUGUACAUGCUACAGAGUCUCACUGUAUUGGUCCAGGACCAGAAUUUCAUCAUGUACUCUUUAAACUUGGAGGUCAUAGCCCACUAAUAUCCAACUACCUGAAGAUGCAUAAGUUGCCAGGUUGUGAAGAAGAAGGUCAGAAUCAUAAAGUAAAGCAUGUUGAAAUAUCUCAGUUACCGCCAGUUGGCCCAACCUAUCAGGAUAUUAUUAAGGAAACUCAAAAACUCAGGCAGAGUCUAAAGAAAGAUUAUGCAAUGUUGGAAUCUAAAACCCAAAAUGAAAUUGCUGAAGUACAGAAACAAAAGCAGAGAGUUAACUUCCACAUUAACAAGAUGAAAAGUGAGGUCUUGAAAGGGGUAAAAGUGGACAGUGGACUUUUGUUGGAUAAAUUGCAAAUGACCCCAUUUUCCAGCAUGAUGUUCAUGAAAGAUAAGUUAACAAUCCAAGAAGUCAUUGAUUCAGGCAAAGAUCAUGAAUGAUCCACUAUUUCUAGAUUUUCUUAUUUUGAGUUCAUACGUAAUGUUUACUUAAAUGUAAAUCAAUAAAGUUCAUUACAUCUUUUUGCAUUUAUGAA